AUGAAGAAAUUCCUAGCCGAACACCCGGAGAUUUGCAUCGUCGAAUCCGACAAAGGAAAGAAGAUGGUAGUAAUGCUCCGCCAAGACUACGACACAAAGAUGCUUGACCUUCUCAACGAACCAAACACGUACAAAAUAUUAAAAACAGACCCGACCAGCCGCAUCCAAAACACCGUCAAUAACAUGGUUAAACGAAUAGCACACCUUGGACUUAUUGAUCAACACACCGUAAGAACACUACAAACACAUACAGCUACCUGUCCUCGCAUAUACGGUCAACCCAAAGCACAUAAGCCAAACUUGCCGUUACGUCCGGUCGUCCCCACCAUCACAGCUCCAACAUACAACCUGUCGAAAUUCAUCGCCAAAAUACUUCAACAAACGUUUACCAGCCAAUACAACGUUGCUGACAGUUUCACUUUCGCCAACUUUAGCAACCAGACCACCAUUCCACCCGAUCACAUACUUGUCUCCUUUGAUGUCGUAUCCCUUUUCACCAACAUUCCUAAUGAAUUAGUCAGGCGCAGCAUCAUAUUCCGUUGGACGGAAAUCAAACAGGGAACAAACAUUAACCUGGAUUUGUUCCUAGAAAUGGUGGAACUUUGCAUGGAUACUAGUUAUUUCCGCUUUAGAGAUAAAUAUUAUCAGCAAACGUUUGGCACCGCCAUGGGUAGCCCAUUAUCACCAAUUUUGGCCGACUACAUCACCGAAGAUCUGCUAGAAACUGUCGUCAAGAAUUCUGAUCUCAACAUACCCAUUGUUAAAAAGUAUGUUGAUGAUUUAUUCCUCGUGUUACCAAGAACAGAGGUACAAAAUGUUCUGGACACCUUCAACCAAUACAACGCACACCUGCAGUUCACCGUUGAAAAGGAGAUUGAUGGAUCGUUACCCUUCCUGGACACUCUAGUGAUUCGAAAAGACAAUCAGACACUAAAGACCAGCUGGUAUUCCAAACCCAUUUCUUCAGGCCGAAUACUAAACUACCUGUCUUUCCACCCGAUGAACAUGAAGCUAAACGUGGCAGCCAACUUCAUCAAACCACCAUCGCCAUGUUCAACGCAAACACGACCUACGCCAUCCCCACCCGCAUAUGUGUCUAUACCACCACCGUCACCACCACCGUCACCAACACAUCUACCACCGCCUCUACCACCACCUCCACCGCCACCACUACGUCCACCGCAAUCACCACUUCCGCCUACGCAAUCAUCGCCGAAUCAAAUAUCACCCGAUAGUCCUGAACCACAACAGAAGAAUGAUUUCAUCUACAGAUCAUUGCCAAACAUUCCCAUCUUGAGCCACGCAAUUUCCACAAUUUUAAAAACCGAUUACCCUUCAGUUAGACUAGCUACAAAAACAAUAAGAUCAACUAAAAAUAUUCUAGCCAAAGUUAAGGACCCUGUACCAACUUUAGAACAUAAAAUUAUUUACAGUAUACCAUGUUCUGACUGCAGUAAUGUAUACAUAGGCAUGACCACCAAUUAUCUUAAAAAGAGAUUAAGUGGCCAUAAAUCGAACAUAAACAAAAACAAUACAAAUCCAACAAAAUGCACCCCAAAUAAUAUCCCACAAGCCACUACAGCAUUGGUACAACAUAUGAUCGAGCACAAACAUAUUUUUGAUCUCGAUAGUACACAAAUAUUAGACAGCUCAUUCAAAACAUCCACCUUACCUAUAUUAGAAAUGUGCCACAUCACCAAUACCAACAAUACGGUUAACUACAGAACAGAUGUAGAUGGGUUAAACGCAACGUAUGCUGGUAUUCUACACACUGUUAAAACUCAACUCUCUCGCAGUAAAAACAGAACACAAUACUACAAACAACGACACAAAUGA